AUGUCGCCGGCCACCCAGACGGUCAACACUACGCAACGACUGCAGAAUCUCAGACAGCUGAUGUCGAGACCGGAAUACAAUGUUGAAGCUGUCGUUGUACCUAGCGAAGACCAGCACUAUAGCGAAUACAUCGCGAAGUGCGAUGAACGGCGUGCAUUCAUCUCUGGGUUUGAUGGCUCUGCAGGAUGUGCCAUAGUGACUUUGAAUGACGCAUUCCUGUUCACGGAUGGACGAUACUUCCUCCAAGCGGAAAAGCAGCUUGACCAGAAUUGGAAGCUGAUGAAGCAAGGUCUCCCGGAGGUCCCUAGUUGGCAAGAUUUCCUCUCAAAGAAUCUGGACAGGAACGCGCGAAUCGGAAUUGAUCCCUCGCUGAUCACAGCAGCCGAUGCCGACGCAAUCAAGAACGCACUCAAGCUGCGCGACUCAGAACUUGUCUCGCUUGACCGGAAUCUCGUGGAUUCUGUGUGGGCGGACCGUCCUCCGCGUCCCACCAACAAGGUAUUUCCUCUUGACGUUAGAUAUGCUGGCGAAUCGCAUGUGGAGAAAAUCGCGAGGCUGCGUGCGGGUCUCAUAGAAAAGAACCAGCGUGCUAUGGUCGUUAACAUGCUCGAUGAGGUGGCGUGGCUAUUCAACUUGCGCGGCUCCGACAUCGACUUCAACCCUGUGUUCUUUGCGUACGCCAUCGUGACAUUGGACAAGACCCUGCUCUUCGUCAAUCCACAGCAGGUUGAUGACACCAUCCACACCCAUCUGGGAGAAGAGGUCGAAUUCCAUCCCUAUGACUAUUUCUUCACGUACUUGAAAGAACUUGGUGCUGAAGUUGGGCUUCAUAAAGAAGCUCAGGUGUUGGUCGGGGACAAGGCUAGCUUGGCUAUCGUAGAAGCUAUCGGAGUUGACCACAUAGUGAUCUCCCGCUCCCCGAUCGCUGACUUCAAGUCAGUCAAAAACGAGACAGAGAUUGAAGGAUUCAGGCAGUGCCAUAUCCGCGACGGUGCAGCGCUCGUGCGGUAUUUUGCGUGGCUAGAAGAAAAGCUAGAAGCUGGCGUGCAGCUGUCGGAAAGCCAGGCUGCUGAUCAGCUUGAGAAAUUCCGCUCAGAACUUGAUUUGUUCCGCGGUUUGUCCUUCACAACGAUAUCCUCGACCGGGCCGAACGGCGCCAUUAUUCAUUACUCGCCCGACCCCAAUGACUGUGCCAUCGUUCGCAAAGACCAGAUCUACCUCUGCGACUCCGGCGGGCAAUAUCUAGACGGCACGACCGACGUCACACGUACUCUGCACUUCGGCAUUCCUACGGCAGAAGAACGGCGUGCGUUCACACGUGUCUUACAAGGCCAUAUUGCGAUUGACUCUGCGGUCUUCCCCAACGGUACUUCUGGUGCCGACUCCUUCGCGCGGAGGCCAUUAUGGGAAGACGGGCUAGACUACCGUCAUGGCACAGGUCAUGGCGUCGGGCAUUUCUUGAAUGUUCACGAAGGUCCGCACGGUAUUGGUGUCCGCAUCAUCUAUAACAAUACACCUUUGAAGCCCGGCAUGACGGUGUCUAAUGAGCCCGGCUAUUACGCGGACGGUCGGUUUGGAAUCCGCAUCGAGAAUGUCGUUGUUGUGCGUAACGCCGAUACACCGAACAACUUCGGGGACAAGGGCUAUCUCAAGUUUGAGCACGUCACUUUGUGCCCUAUUCAGAAGAAGCUCGUGGAUGCUGCCUUGCUUAGCGAGCGAGAACGAGCGUGGUUGAACGCUUACCAUGCGGAGAUUUUAGGCAAGGUCUCCCCUCUGCUACAGGAUGACCGGCGUGCACUCAGCUGGCUCGAGCGUGAGUGUUCUCCAUUGGUACAGUAG